AUGGACGAUAUAAAAGAAAUAAUUUCUUUGGUAAUAAAUUUAUAUGUUUAUAAGCGAUUACCAAAUGAAAAUAUCGCAAAUGAAAAAUACCUUAUUACUUAUAGUGAAGAAGGUCGUACAAUUGUCGGUUGGAAUGGUGAAGAUAUAGAUAAGGUUCAACUUAAAUUUCAUCAAGCUGUUAAAACUAAUGAAGAAAUCAAAAGUUUAUGCUUUGCUGAUGAUAGAAAACUUGCUUAUAUUAAUAGCCGUCUAAUCGAUAUGAGUUAUUGUGCCUUUUAA